AUGUACAUCCUGUUAGCGGUUGAUUACGUAUCAAAGUGGGUAGAACCGAUACCUACCUGUCUUGAUGACGCUAAUACCAUAGUUUCUUUCAUUAGAAACAAUAUUGUAUGCCACUAUGGGUCACCACGAGUAAUCGUAAGCGACCAAGGUUUUCACUUUUGUAACAUGAAGGUAGAAGCACUACUCAAGAGGUAUGGGGUACUACACAAGGUUGCAACCGCUUAUCACCUCCAAACCAAUGGGCAAGCGGAGGUGUCCAACCGAGAGAUUAAGCGAAUUUUGGAGAAAGUGGUGAGUCCACAAAGGAAGGACUGGAUCUCUCGGUUGGGAGAUGCAUUGUGGGCAUAUAGGACGGCCUAUAAGACCCCGUUAGGGAUGAGUCCCUUUCGAAUCAUCUAUGGAAAAGCAUGCCACCUCCCGGUUGAAAUUGAGCAUAGGGCCUAUUGGGCAGUUAAGCAGUGUAACAUGGACAUCACCAAAGCAGGUAUAGCCAGAAAAUUGCAAUUGGAUGAGGUUGAAUGUCUUAGAAUGGAGGCAUAUGAGAAUGCUCGGAUCUACAAAGAAAAGACUAAAGCAUUCCAUGACCACCAUAGCCGGAAGAAGGAUUUUCAAGAAGGAGAUGAAGUUCUCCUAUACAACUCGAGGCUUAGAUUCAUGACCGGGAAGCUCCGUUCAAGGUGGGAUGGUCCCUUUAGAGUGAAGAAGGUAAAACCCUAUGGUGUGGUCGAAUUAUUCCACCCUCAAGGUGGUGCAACAUUCAAAGUGAACGGCCACAAGGUAAAGAGGUAUCAUGGCUACAAGUCACCAUGGGAAGUGGAGGUGUUUCUACUUGAGGAUGCACCAGAAGGAGGAAAAGCUUAA